AUGUCGGAUCGGCCGGACCGCCACGGCAGGGGGGAGGGGGGGGGUGGAAGUGGGGGGGAGGGGCGGCGGGGGCAGGCGGGGGGGCCGGUGGGACUGGGGGGGGAGAGGGGGGGGGGGGGGUGGGGGGAUGGGGUCCGCGGGGGGAGCGCGGGAGGGGGGGGGCGGCGGGGGGGGGGGGGGAGCGCGGGGCGGGGAGCGGGGGGAGGGCGGGGUGGGCCGGGGGCGAGGGGGGGCGGCUGCGGGGUCCGGCGGGGGUGGGGGGGGCGGGGCGGCGUUUGGGCGGGUGGGGGGGAGCGCCGGGGGGGGUUGGGGCGGGUGUGGGGGUGUUUAUUUUACGACAUGUUGGGGGGAUGCGGGGAGGACCUCAGGCAUGGGGGGGGCGAACUGCGAGAAGGAGGGACCGCAGUCGGUUGGUGA